AUGGAGGGAUUUGGACAUGGGCAUUUCAAAGAUGGAGCAGGCGAGAACCAGCAGGUGGACUAUAGAAGGGACGUGGGGGACUCUCAGCUAUCAUGUACCGGUGUCUCGUCCAGAGAAGGACAGCAUUAUGUCCGGCAAACCUCGUACGGUCAUGAAACUGCCGCCCAGCGAUACAGCGCCACUCGGAUUCAGGCAGGUUUUGGCCCAGAGAGCAUGGCGGAUUACUUAAUCAGUGGUGGCACAGGCUAUGUCCCUGAUGAUGGACUGUCAGCACAGCAGCUCUUCUCAAUCGGAGACGGCCUUACGUACAAUGACUUCCUGAUUUUACCUGGCUUCAUUGACUUCACCUCAGAUGAAGUGGACCUGACAUCAGCACUGACAAGGAAGAUCACCCUGAAGACGCCUCUCAUCUCCUCCCCCAUGGACACCGUCACGGAAUCAGCCAUGGCAAUCGCUAUGGCGCUCAUGGGAGGAAUUGGAAUUAUUCAUCACAACUGCACUCCGGAAUUUCAAGCAAAUGAAGUCCGUAAGGUCAAGAGGUUUGAACAGGGUUUUAUCACAGACCCAGUGGUAAUGAGUCCACGCCAAACAGUCGGCGACGUUUUUCAGGCCAAAGUACGACAUGGUUUCUCUGGGAUUCCUGUUACAGAGACGGGAAAAAUGGGCAGCAAACUGGUUGGCAUCGUCACCUCCAGAGAUAUUGACUUCCUCUCUGAGAAGGAUCAUAGCAAACCUCUGGAGGACGCUAUGACUAAGAGGGAGGAGCUGGUGGUGGCUCCAGCUGGCGUUACACUAAAAGAAGCCAAUGAUAUUCUGCAACGCAGCAAAAAAGGCAAGCUUCCCAUUGUUAAUGAUAACGACGAGCUGGUGGCCAUUAUUGCCCGGACGGAUCUGAAGAAGAACAGAGACUACCCCCUAGCCUCAAAAGAUUCACGCAAGCAGCUUUUGUGCGGCGCUGCCAUCGGCACCAGGGACGAUGACAAAUACAGACUGGACCUUCUGGUGCAAGCUGGAGUGGAUGUCGUCGUACUGGACUCCUCACAAGGCAACUCGGUGUAUCAGAUCGGCAUGAUAAAUUAUAUCAAACAGAAGCACCCCGACCUGCAAGUUGUAGGAGGAAAUGUGGUAACGGCAGCCCAGGCAAAGAAUCUGAUCGACGCUGGUGUCGAUGCGCUGAGAGUUGGAAUGGGGUGCGGCUCCAUCUGCAUCACACAGGAAGUGAUGGCAUGUGGGAGACCCCAGGGAACCUCUGUGUACAAAGUGGCAGAGUAUGCCAGGCGUUUCGGCGUGCCAGUCAUCGCCGAUGGUGGCAUUCAGACCGUGGGACAUGUGGUGAAGGCUCUGUCUCUGGGAGCAUCGACGGUUAUGAUGGGCUCGUUGCUAGCGGCAACCACUGAGGCCCCUGGAGAGUACUUCUUCUCAGAUGGUGUGCGGCUGAAGAAAUAUCGGGGCAUGGGCUCCCUGGACGCUAUGGAGAAAAGCACCAGCAGUCAGAAACGCUACUUUAGUGAGGGUGACAAGGUGAAGGUGGCCCAGGGUGUGUCAGGCUCAGUCCAGGACAAGGGCUCAAUCCACAAGUUUGUACCUUACCUUAUAGCAGGCAUCCAACAUGGCUGCCAGGACAUCGGGGCAAAGAGUCUCUCUGUUCUCCGUUCCAUGAUGUACUCCGGGGAGUUGAAGUUUGAGAAGCGGACAAUGUCUGCGCAGGUGGAAGGGGGCGUUCACGUUAUGAGAAGCGUCUUUACUGAUGGGGGCGAGCAGAUCAUUCUCAAUCUAACAGUGACCAAAUGUAAAAUCACCACUUCUGCCAAAAUACUCGCCGCCCACAACACCCUUUGUGUCCACUCUCUCUCCAAUCCUAACCAGCUGAUUUGGGGAGGAGUGCGACAUUGUAGCGAACUGCAAAUCUUCCAACUGACACCCGACUCUCUGAACUCCAUCGACUUUGCACUCAAGAAGUGGCACAUCAGGGUUUUUUCGGAAGACCAUAGAGGAAGUGAACGGUGUGAGAAGCCUCCAUCAGCCCAGGUCAACACGCUAGCAUAUAACGUGCUGCACACAAGACACAACGCCGGUCUCCCUACGUGCACUGUGCCACCUCUGAACAGCUGUGAUCGUUAA